GCAAUGAUGAUGUUGGUAUUGAUGAAGUGCCAAUAAGGCACGAUGCCAAGGAUGUUGAUCCUCACGUAUUUUACACUUACGCUGGUGCUGCAACGAGACCAAGUCAUCCAAGUAAAUUAAUUUAGUUUACGUGAUCGAUUGAUUAGAUGACCACUAGGCUAGAUGGCUGCUUUCAUAAACGUAAUGAUGAAAAACUGCAAUCAGACAGUCUUUGGGUAACUACUCCCUUGGGAAUUAAAUGGCUUGGAUAUUCUAUGGGCAAGUGACUGAACUUUUACUUUUCCCAUGGGAAUGAUCAAUGAAACAAAAUAAGGCUAAAUGAGAUUAACUAUAAAUAGUCCAAUCUAGAAGUUGAUCAGCAUCAGUUCAGUUUGGAGUUGCAAACAACAAAGUACACAACAAACUUCUCUUUUUUCCUACAUUGCGAAGUCUUUAUUAACAAAAAUGGUCAAAUUCAUGAUUUGUGUCUUCCUUGGUGCCCUUGCCUUGCAUCAAACCCUUGGUGAAAUGGUGGUCUUGCCCUCUAAGUCUCUUAACGAGAAUGUAGUGGAAAGCAAAAACAAUCCCAAACGUAGCCUGGAUGCCUGGAUAGGUGAUGCAGGUGGUUGGUCCACAGGGGGAUUUAAAUUGUCGGGAUUUUCCAAUGGCUGGAAUCCUUGGAAUGCUCAAUCACGUUUUGCCUCCCCCUCGCCCAGUGAGGUAGCCAAUUCCAUAGCCGCUGCUAAACAAGCCUCCGGCAAUGUCCUGAUAGCCCAACAACAAAUGCAAGCUGCCAAAGAGAAUGUUCUCAAUCAACAACGCAUGGCAAUGGAAAAAGAGGCCGCUGCUGCUCUGUUAACCCAAAAAUCUGAAGCUGCUGCUGCCAUUCAACGUUCCGAGGCAGCAGCUGCCGCCCAAGCAGUGGUAUUGGCCCAACAACGCUUGGCCGCCACCAAAGCUGCUGUGGCUCAUCAACAACGUAUUGCUGCCGCUCGUGAAGCUGAAGCUGCUCAGGCUUUGCAGCGUUCAGCCCAUGCUGCAGCUGCUGAAAUUCAAAAGACCGAAUAUGAAGCUUCAAAACUGGGACAGCUAAAUCGCAAUCACAAUGCCGGUGCAGCUCAUCAUUUGGCCUUCACCAAAGAUGCUGCCUUUAGUCCCAUCAAUUCGGGCACCAAUCAUGUACCCAAUCUGGAGUCAUUGGGUCCUUGGUCUUCGGCAGCCGCCGCUGCUGCAGCAGCUGCUGCUGGUGCUAAAGGUGGUGCUCCAGGUGGUUGGUUGUAAAUUUCUUGAAGUGGU